AUGACACUUUCCUCGGAUCCAAAUGAAGCCGACAUUAUUGACAUCCAGGAUAAAUUGGGCUAUGUAGACACUGGCCCUAUUCAGCAGAGACAAGCAAAGAUCGCACGAAAUCAGCCUCCAUAUAUGCCAGCAACCUCCUCCACUUCACACAUCAUCCUGAAAGAACCCAUCCCUCAGAGACAGGUACGCUUUCCUAUGGAUUACAACAACAACAUUAAAAAAAAAUCAUCUACAUCGGCAAGACCCGAGACGGGACAGAAUUCGUUUUAUGGUGCAACACAGCCUAAUCAUAAUAGCGUCAAACAGUCCAAUUCACUCGAUACCACCACUACUACUGCUCCAGAUACCAAUACGAACCUUGAUACUAUUCCUUAUCCUUUGAAUGUCUCGCAACAGGCACUGCAGCUGCAGCAGAGACCCCCUCCCGUAUCUCGAUCAAAUAGUUUUAAUAACAACCCCAACAAGGGAAAGGAAAGGCAACAUGUAACGGUUCAUGAGAUGCCUUCAUUAGCCAUGCCAGCAUCAUCAUCGUCAUCAUCUUCCACAGACCCUUCUCCUUUGAAAUAUCCCAGCAACAGUGGCAACAUUGGCUUACGAGGUCCACCGCAGACGACGCAUGCAAGAGAUGAAAUUAAGGAUCUGUUUGUCAGUAAAUUUCUAGAACUCAAGGAGCUAGCCGACAUGCUGCAACUGAUUGAUGAGCCCCUUCCGCCACCAAUGUACAACUACAAACGCUCCUUUGAGCAACUGCCCGGACCAACGCCCUCCAAAUCAGAUCCCAACUACCCACAAUUACGCAGAAAGCCAAGCAAGGGCAGAAUGACGGGCGGCUAUGCUUAUCCAUCGCCAGAGAACAAUCGCCAAAUGUACAACAAGAGUGCGGAUUCAACCACAAAUUACCAGGAGCCCAAUAAUCGGCAUACAACAGGCAGCAGAGGUAUAUACAACAACACUAGAGAUUAUCAGAUGGAUCAUCACGAUAAUCGAACACCACAUGAUGGCAAUGGCUAUUAUGGACAUCCUCCACCUCCGCCUCAACCAGCACCGUAUUACCAUAAUUUAUACGACGACAAUCGAGAUUACCACCUUGCGAAUGAAGAGCCCUUCAUGAUGAAUCACGAAGACUACUACAUGGGACCUCCUCCUCCUCACCCUCCACCACCUCAAGUCCACGCUCAGCGAAUGCAGCCGCCGCCAUCUCGAUUCUAUGAUGGCAGACAACGUAGGAAAUCAUUCAGUAAUCUACACGAAGAGCAAUACAGAUUAAACAGAAAGGGGUCGCGAGGCAAUAUGAGGAGAUCAACGAUAAGACAGGCACCGUCAUUUUAUGAAUACGCAGACAUGGCACCUCCUCUGCAUCAACAUCAUCAUCCAUAUCCAUAUCGAGCUCCUCCCUAUUAUCCAAAUCAACAAUAUUCUCCUAAUGGAGGCGGUAAAGGCAAUGGAGGAGCAGGAGAUUACUACUCGUAA